AUGUCAAACCCAACGGCCAUUCAGCACUCAAGUUCUCCGGCCUCUCCUCUGUCAAGCUCUCCCUCUCGCCGGCCCAAAAGAGGAAAUUACGGAGGAAGAGACUGGAUUUUAUGGAUUGAGGUUAUGGCGAAUGGACAAGAAGGACCUGAAUUGGCUCUUGACGGACUGUUAACCAGCUGGACCCACACUAACAAUGAGACCAACCCGUGGUGGAGAGUGGAUCUACUGAAGGUAUACAGAGUGAACAGGGUCACCAUCACUAAUAGACCAAGCAAUGGCUUGAGGAUUAACGGGGCGGUGAUUCGUAUUGGAAACUUCCUUGACAUUUACAACAACAAAAUAUGUGCUGUAAUUUCCACUCUUGCAGACGGUGCCACGGCCACUUUCUCAUGUGGUGCGAUGGAGGGACGUUAUAUGAUUGUUCAUAUUCCUGGAGAUAAGAAGAUUCUUAGUCUUAGUGAAGCUGGAGUCUACGGGUAUUUGGCAGGAAAUCUGGCAGUGGAUGGAGCCGCUACACAGUCAUCAACAUUUACGGGCUGGUUUGCUGAAAAGGCCAUUGAUAGUAAUCGAGGUCUCCAGCAGAAUACAGCAUGCUCAUCAACCCUUAAUCAGACUAACCCGUGGUGGAGGCUGGAUCUGCGUCACAUUUACAGAGUUAGUAGAGUGGUGGUCACUAACAGAAAAGACUGCUGUACCGAACAAAUGAACGGAGCGGAAAUUCGCAUCGGAAACUCUUUGGAGAACAACAGCAACAACAAUCCCAUAUGUGCUGUUAUUCCUGCUAUUCCAGCAGGUGAGUCCUACAGCUACUCGUGCGGUGGGAUGGAUGGACGUUACGUGAAUCUGAUCAUUCCUGGAGACAUGAAGAUACUCACUCUCUGUGAGCUGGAGGUCUAUGGAGAAGGUCCAGUUUUACAAAGAUCUUUUGUAAAGAUGCAGUUUAAGUCCAGAGUUGAUUUAACUGACCCUUCCGUGAGAGAAAACGUUCUGAAACAGUUGGGAUCUGCUCUGGUUGACAGAGGAUUCACAAACGUGACUCUGCGGUGGUCUCAGACCCCUAAACGGGUGAUCCAGAAGGUGACUGCUGGUAAAAGUCACUGUGGCAAUGGAAGAUAA